AUGGACUUUGGGUUGCCCGAGGGGGUGGGGCUGGCCCUCUCCUACCCCCACUGCCCUUACUCCCCCCCCCCCCAGCCCCCGGCUCCCCAGGGGACUGGGUCACUCUGGACCUUGCUACUUCCUGCUCCUGGCCGCCACUGCUCAGAGACUAUGGAGCUGUGGAAGCAGCUGAGGCAGGCUGGACUGGUGCCCCCAGGGCUGGGCCCACCCCCGCGGGCCCUGAGGGUGGUGCCCCCAGUGAAGAGGGUGGGUCAGACCCUCAUGUUCCCAGGGGCUGACACUGGAGGUGCCAGGGAGAGUCUGCUGUGGAUCUGGAAGGAGCUGGUGAACCUCCGCCUAGUGGAUGUCCAGCUGCUGGGCCAGCUAUGCAGCCUGGGGUUGGAGAUGGGGGCACUUCAGGAGGAACUGAUCACCUUCCUGGAGGAGGAGGAGGACAGAGAGCUGGAAGGGAAGCAGGAGGGGGCCUGUGGUCCAGCCCCGGGUCACCGCCUCCCUGACUUUGAAAUGACUAUCUGAGGCCCUGCUGCUGUGCUUUCGGACACAUGAAUGACGUUUGAAAAAGGAAUGUGGGUGUGAACAGAUGAGCGGCGAGGUUUCAGCAAUAUUCCCAGAUGCGUUGCAACUGUGUUACAGCGCCACCUUCAGGAGACAGGCAGAUAUCUGCAGAUGGCAGCCGACGAGAAGCAGGGCUGCAAAUAUAACUCCUGCCCAGGUCCACACUUGUAGAAAAGAUGCCCAAGACAGCAGGUGGAGGGCUCCAGCCUGAGGAGAGACAGCUCUUCUGGGAAGACAGUUGGACAUUCUUCAUAAAACCAUUACUCCCAGUGAGGAAAAAUACACGCUUGCAUUUCUGCGAUUCUUCAAAACAAUUUUCUGCUUGGGAGUGAGGAUAUUCCCAGAGAAGUGAGAUGCUGGCAGGUGCUGAAUUCCUGUCCAUGGGGAUUUCCGUCUUCAAAAAAACCUGCUUCUACUCUAGAGCCCGCGAGCCACAACUACUGAAGCCCGCGCGCCUAGAGCCGGUGCUCCGCAACAAGAGAAGCCACUGCAGUUAGAAGCCCGCGCACUGCAACGAAGACCCAAUGUAGACAAAAAUAAAUAAAAUAAAAUUUAAAAAUAC